AUGAAAUUGAAAGUAUUGCGUGUUAUGGUACGGUUAUCAUGCCAGCGAACAGAUGUUGAGAGUCGCGGACAUGUCAUGAUUGAUAUCACAAAAUCUGCCGUGAGCUCCCCUGGACCCACAUCAGCCAGCUCACCUCCCCUUUCUGCGGCCGUGAGUUCCCCUGGACCCACAUCAGCCAGCUCACCUCCCCUUUCGAGUGCGGCCCGUGAGUUCCCCUGGACCCACAUCAGCCAGCUCACCUCCCCUUUCGAGUGCGGCCGUGAGUUCCCCUGGACCCACAUCACCAGCUCACCUCCCUUUCGAGUGCGGCCCAUCCCCUGGACCCACCAGCCAGCUCACCUCCCCUUUCGAGUUCCCCUGGACCCCAUCAGCCAGCUCACCUCCCCUUUCGAGUGCGUGAGUUCCCCUGGACCCACAUCAGCCAGCUCACCUCCCCUUUCGAGUGCGCCCGUGAGUUCCCCUGGACCCACAUCAGCCAGCUCACCUCCCCUUUCGAGUGCGGCCGUGAGUUCCCCUGGACCCACAUCAGCCAGCUCACCUCCCCUUUCGAGUGCGGCCGUGAGUUCCCCUGGACCCACAUCAGCCAGCUCACCUCCCCUUUCGAGUGCGGCCGUGAGUUCCCCUGGACCCACAUCAGCCAGCUCACCUCCCCUUUCGAGUCCCCCUGGAGUCAGCCAGCUCACCUCCCCCCCUUCGAGCACAUCCACCUAA